ACAAUAUUUAGAAACUGGCGUUGAUGGCCAUUAUCUAUAUGACUUGGUUUUAUUUUCCUUUAUUAUUCAUAAUUUGAUGAGUUAAAUUUCAAACGUGGGCUAAAAUGGACAUGGACAGAAGUACUCGAGUUUUUAAGUCUCCACUCUUCUUAUGGGUACGAACAUUCGUUGCUGCUGAGUUAGCGGACCUAACGGAUUUCGUUGAUGGCUAUCUUUUGAACAAAAUCAUGACAGAAAUCGACCCUGCCUUUUUUGGUACGACAUUUGUUCAUUCCAAUGUUAAUGACGAUGUGAGCUUACGGAUUCACAAUUUAGAGCAUUUGUUACGAUCUAUAAAGAACUUUUAUAAGGAGAAACUUCAGCAAGUCAUAAUCAUGGAAACUCCUGAUGUUUUUCUCAUGGCAAAUGAACCUGAAAGUGAUGAAUGUAUUCAAGAAUUAAAGAAAAUUCUUCUGCUCGUUCUUGGUUGUGCUGUUCAGUGUGAACGAAAAGAGUUCUUUGUGGAGAAAAUUACUGCUUUGGAUGAAAGCAUUCAACAAGAGUUAGUCAUAUAUAUUCGUGAGAUUACGGAAAAGUUUGAUAAAGUUUUUUCUGUUCAACCCGACGAAAUAGCGGCUUUAUCUCACGAAGAUCUUUUGUCGUAUUGUGAACAGAUGCACCAGCAAAUGAUUGUAUUAGUCAAUCAAAGGGACUCUGCCCAACAGGAGAUACAUCAAAUAUUGGUUGACAGAAGUAUUGUGUCCAAGGAGAUAAAUGGAAGUAUCUCUCGUGUAAGCUCGCCUCCUCUCAGUCCGACCAACUCUGAAAUAAUGUUUGCCGAGAGAGAAAAAUUAAAGAAAGUUCACGAAGAAUUGUAAGA